AUGCGAGGUAAUGUUGGUUUUCUCUCUGUUGCUCUUUUCCUCCCAGCUAUUGUACUGCUGUGUCUGCUGGGAACAGCUAUGGCCGUAGAGGACAGUUUUACCUGGGGUGGACCUGGCGAGAAUGACGUCGAUCCUACCGAGGACAACGUGUGUCUCACGGACCAGGCGUCAUGUGGCUGCUGUCUGAUGCAGCAGCAGAUACACAGGAUGGGGACGUUCCUCAACCGGACUCUCGACGAGUUGGAAAAGGAACUCUUAAAAACAAAAACUAUCCUCAACAAUGUCAGAGACAGCAGAAGCGCCUUCUCUGUCUCACUUACCAAUCAAGUCAGUUUGAACUGCUUGGGUCCCUUCCGUGACGACAAGCUCAUCGCCUACAAGCACGUCUUCAUCAACCUCGGAGACAGCUACAGCGUGGACACUGGUAUCUUCACAGUGCCCCGCUCUGGUGUGUACAGCCUUGCCCUCACUGUCUAUAGUGACGCAGGGUCGCCUGGCAACAGCCUCGCCGCCUGCGCCAGUCUGCAGGUCAAUGGUCGGGGAGUGGCAGGAACCAGAGAAAAAAACAUGCAGGACCAAGAGGACAGCGCCACCACUGUUGUGGCUCUCCACCUGAUAGCUGGGGACACAGUGGCUGUCAACUUGCCCAUUGGAUGUUUCCUCUGCGACGACAACAGCCACUACAAUACCUUCACUGGUUUCCUCCUCUAUGCUACUGACUGA